GAUACUACCAUUUGGCAUUCACGUCAGUGGUUGAAAGGGUAAUGGUCCAGGUCCAGACGUCCUUGCUGGUGCAAUGGAAGACAACGAGGUCGACCUAUUAAAACCCUUCGAAAUCAAGCCCGAACUUGGGAUAAAGGAAGAAGUGUUCGAUGAAUAUUUGAAGGACACAACAAGUGAAUGCAGCCCAGAUUUCAGCAACUACGGAUCCAAAUGUGGAAGCAUUUUUUCAGCCACUGGAAAGAAGUACGUUUUUGUUUGCGAAUUCUGUAAUGAAGGCUUCGAAUGCCUCGAGUCCUUCGGCAGUCAUUUGGAGGAGAAACAUUUCGAAAGUAUUUCCCAAGAGGCAUGCGAGGAGGUAGUGGUAUUCAAGGUUGAAGUCGAAUCGAGUUGUGAUGAUGAGCCUCAGAACGAAGAUUUCCCACCAGAAUAUAACCAAUUACCAGAGGUCAUUUCCCAUCUCUCGGCUGAUGAGACUUCUUCAGAUACAAAAUCUGUAGAGCCUAAAACUGAACCCACAGAAGAACCUAAUCCAUCUGACUCUACCGAGCAGACCUAUACAUGCGAAACAUGCAACCGUGAUUUCACAGUAAGGAAAACGUAUGUGCGACAUUGCAGAUAUUGCAAGAAAAGGGCCGCAGAAAAUUUAAAACCAAUCGAUAAAAACAUUGUCCAAUUAACACUGGAACCUCCAAACUACGAUAACGAAAAAUUACUGUGCAUUACAUGUAAUCGACAAUUCGAUUCUAAGCGGACUUUUUCGUAUCACAAAACAUAUCAUCGAUAUAAGACUCGCAAGGCAGUCGCUAAACUCAAUGGCAACAACUCCAAACUCGAAGACUUACCCGAAGACGCUAAAGUUACUUGUAGCAUAUGCAACCGCCAAUUUAGGAUACUUUCUCACCUUAAGGACCACGCAGUACGUACACACAAGGACGAAAUACCCACAAUACUUCAGGAGGAUCCCAUGUACCUCAAAUGUAAAUGUUGCUUCAUGGAAUUCGAGAAGCCAACAGAGCGCUUCGAACACGAAAAGACCCAUACCGAGAGCAAGCCCUUCCGAUGUUCGAUGUGUCCGAAGUCCUUUGCAUUAAACUGUGAUCGAGGAUUUCACGAGAACCUUCAUACAGGGGCCCGUCCCUAUACUUGCCCGCAUUGUCCAAAUACAUUCACGCAUCCUAAUAUUCGUGAUAAACACAUUCGAAUCCAUUCGGAUACUAAGCGAUAUUCCUGCGAAUAUUGCGGUGAUAAGUUCAGCACCAGCUUUUCAAAAAAGUACCACAUUAGAAUUCAUAAGGACGAAAGACCAUGCCAAUGUGAUUUGUGUGGAGCCCGAUUCCGAUCUGGAAGCCAUUUGAUUAUGCAUAAGAAGAGACAUGCAAAUCAACGUGAUCAUCAAUGCGAUUUAUGUGAAAAGCGGUUUGUCUCGAGGGAUCAGUUGAGAUGCCAUAGAGCCACUCAUAUGAGUGAACGUCCAUAUAAAUGCCGACUGUGUACACUUGCAUUUCGACAUAGGAAAAAUCUCGCUGCGCAUGAAAAGAGACAUAAGAACAAAGCUAAAACGAAAGAUAUUAAUGCGGAAGUUCCAGUAACCAGCACAGAAUAAGGACCUGUAGUUUAAAUAGGGAAAAUGGAUAUAAUGUAUCAGGAGAAGAAAAAAAAACAAAA